AACAACAAAAGAAGAGAGGAAAAACUACUCCUCUUUAUCUUCAUCCCAAAGCAAGCUACUCCAUGAAGCAGAAUGCUCGAUGCAAUGCGAAUAUAUUAUAUAUUUUGGUGAAGUCAACACAUACUACUUUGUAAUGUUGUGAUAGCUAAGUUGGUAGAGAGAACGAGUGUCAUUCAUUCUAGGUUGAAGAAUAAUUUCAUUUUCAGUCAAAGGUUGGUGAAAAAUUAAAUUGAUGAGGAAGUAGUAACAUCUGGUGCUAAUCACAAUUCUUCUGGUGUAGUCAUUUAUUUGGUAAAUAUUGUUGAUUGCUAGGCCGUUUGGCAGUAUAUAUGCAAUAAUUUGUUUCAGAGCCGCCAGCUCUUUAAAAGUCCAGUCUUCGCCCAUUUCUUUCAUUGAUAAAGACACUAACCAUGGCUUCCAAGGUGACAGUUUUCUUAGUACUUCUCAUCCAUAUCUAUGCAGUUUCAUCUUCAGAUCCUGAUCCCGUCUAUGAUUUUUGCGUACCAAGAACAAAUCUUUCAUCCGAUGCCCUUUCUUGCAAAAACUCAACAUUGGUCACAGUUGAAGAUUUUGUAUAUUCAGGUAUAAAAAGCCCUGGCGAUUUCAAGGAAACUGGUUUUGCAGCCACUCCAGUUAGCUCAACUGUUUUUCCCGGAUUAAACACGCUGGGGAUGUCAUUUGUACGUGCUGAUUUUGCUGCAGGUGGGGUUAAUGUCCCGCACUAUCAUCCAAGAGCAACUGAGGUCGGAUUUGUGCUGGAGGGAAAGAUUUAUUCCGGGUUUAUUGAUACAAAAAACAAAGUUUUUGCUAGAGUGCUCGAGAAGGGUGAGGUGAUGGUCUUUCCAAGGGGUCUUGUACACUUUCAGAUGAAUGUUGGAGAUUCACCAGCUACGAUACUAGGAAGUUUUGACAGUCAGAAUCCAGGGUUGGUGAAAAUUCCAGCUGCUAUUUUUGGAUCUGAAAUUAAAGAUGAGCUUUUGCUGAAGGCUUUUGGAUUCAAUUCCAAGGAGCUCGCUAAAUUGAGGAAGCACUUUGAAUCCUAGCAUCUGAGGCUGCAGUACUGCAUGGAUGAAGGUUAAGAGAAACAAAUUUGACAGUACAUGAUACUCAAAUACGACCGAACGCAGUGAAGAAGUUGAUUUAUGGGCAGUUAAAGGGUUGAGUUUGUAUUUUGUUCUGCAAUUCCUUUGUUGCAGCUAAAACAUAAGAGACAUCAUUUCACUAAAGUAAAGAAGAACAAGGUUGGCGUGCAAAUGAUGUUGCUUGGGAGACAGAAGGCACCAUGAUUUGUUGGAAGGGUGAGCUGUAAAGCUUCAUGAUCAAUUCUCUUUCCCUAAUUGAGGGGAAUUUUGGACCAUGUUGGGAACAUUUGUAGACUAUUAUGAUUAAACUAAUAACAAAUCACUAAUCCUUUAGCUGG